GGCCGGUCCGGUCCUUCCAGCAGCAGGAGUUUGAAGAAGUUUCUCCGCUGUCUGUUGUGUUGGCAGUCUGACCGAAGAUGCUUCCUGGAGCGCUCACCGUGUUGCUGACUCUGUUCAGCCUCAUCGAGACCAGACAGACAGACCUUUAUACUUUUAAAGUGGUAAACAGCAGGGGGAAGUUAGUGUCCCUGGAAAAGUACCGCGGUUCGGUGUCCCUGGUGGUGAAUGUAGCCAGCGAAUGUGGCUUCACCGAGGAGCACUACAAAAACCUGCAGCAGCUCCAGCGGGACUUUGGGCCGUAUCACUUCAACGUGCUGGCCUUCCCCUGCAACCAGUUUGGGCAGCAGGAGCCCGGCAGCGACAAGGAGAUCGACAGCUUUGUGCGCAGAGUCUACGGGGUCUCCUUCCCCCUGUUCAGUAAAAUCGCUGUCGGCGGAACCGGAGCAAACAAUGUCUACAAGUACCUUGUCGAGACUUCUGGAGAGGAGCCUGACUGGAAUUUCUGGAAGUAUCUCAUUGAUGUAAAUGGCAAUGUGGUGGAUGCAUGGGGACCAAAAGUUUCUGUCAAAGAAAUCCGACCCAAAAUAGCUGAAAUGGUACGUCAGAUAAUCCUAAAGAAGAAAGAAGAGCUUUAACCACCUGUUAAAAGACACAGAGAGAUAAAAUGAACACAUUUGUUUUGCUUGUACGAUCAGACUUUGUUAGAAUAAAGCAUUACCAAGACACAUAGCGGGAGCAAGUUUGACUUGCUCUCUGAAAGCACUGAUGAAACACCACUAUAUUUUUAUUUCAAUGUCAAGUUUCAAAUCAGGUGGAUGACAUAGAGCUCCCGUUUUCCCAUUUGUUAGUCAUGUGGAUUAUGUGUUUGGUUUUUUAUUCAUUCUGAUUUGUGGAAUAAAAUUUUACUGUGAUGAGAGAGAAACCUGAG